GCUCUAACAUGACCGGAGUCAAAUUUGAAUAAAUAAAAGCUGGAGAGCUCAAAGAAAAAAAAGUAGUCCACGCCUUCCGCGUUCCGCUCUCCUCGCCGGCCGAAGUGCCGACCUCACCGGCUCCGCCACCACCGAUGCGCCGCGGCCGUCCGGCUUGAGCCGGCGGCGUUGACUCCCCCGGCCACCAUCGCCCUUGCACACCAUCAGGUCACCUCACCCUUUCCCUCCCCCACUCCGCAACAACGCCGACCGGCGACCACGCCCAAAUGCCACCGCGCGUCUCCCCCACCUCCGCCUCCAAGCGCGUCGUCUACGUCCUCCUCGCCGCGCUCGCCUCGGCGCCCUUCCUUCUCCUCCUCCUCUACGGCGGCGCCUCCCCCUCCUCGUUCUGCCCGGCCUCCUUCCGCGCCCCGCGCCGCCUCCCCUACCCGUCCGUGCUCUGGUCCCGCGUGCCCCCACUCCCGGCGCUCCCCACCUCGCCGCACCCGGCCCUCCGCGCCACCCGCUGGAUCGUCUUCUCCGCGUCGCCGCACGCCCCGAGGCACCGCCCGCUGCGCGCCGUCCCCGGGUGGCAGCUCCUCGCCGUCGCCGACGAGGCGACCCCCGAGGACUGGUCCCACCCGGGCGCUGCGCUGCUCACGCUCGCCGACCAGGCCCGCCUCGGCUUCCGCUCCGUCGCCUUCCUUCCCGCGCGGGGCCCGGCGCGGAAGGCCGCGGCGUACCUCUUCGCCGUGCAGCGCGGGGCGCGGGUCAUCUACGACGCGGACGCGCGCAACGCCGUCCUGGGCGGGAACCUCACCAGGCACUUCGAUGUCGAUCUGGACCAGCGGCAGGGAGGCGCCGUGCUGCUGCAGUACAGCCACGCCGAUCCUAACCGGACGGUCGUGAACCCGUUCGUGCACUUCGGGCAGCCGUCGGUCUGGCCGCGGGGGCUGCCGCUGGAGAAGGCCGGGGAGGUGGAUGCUGAGGAGUUCUACACUGAGGUAUUCAGCGGUGGGCAAUUCAUACAGCAGGGGAUGUGCAAUGGCCUUCCAGAUGUUGACGCACUGUUCUACUUCACUAGGAAGUCACUGGAGAUGGAGGCAUUCGAUUUUCAGUUUGAUUUGGAUGCACCCAAGGUCGCACUGCCGCAGGGCAUGAUGAUGCCAGUCAACUCUAUCAACACAUUGUUCCACUCACCGGCGUUCUGGGGGCUUGCAUUGCCGGUCUCGGUGAGUCCAAUGGCAUCGGAUGUCAUACGUGGAUACUGGGCGCAGAGGAUACUAUGGGAGAUUGGAGGGUACCUAGUGAUCUAUCCACCAACUGUACACCGAGUCGAUAAUGUGCAUGCUCACCCAUUUGAUGAUGAGAAGGAUAUCCAUGUCAACAUAGGGAGGUUGAUAAAAUUCCUAAUGGAGUGGCGAUCCAGUAAGCGGACACUGUUCGAGCGUAUUCUUGAUUUGAGCUAUGCAAUGACAGAGGAAGGGUUCUGGGGUGAAAAGGAUUUGCAUUUCAUGGCUGGGUGGCUGCAAGAUCUGGUUGCUAUUGGCUACCGGCAACCACGGUUGCUGUCACUGGAUAUUGACCGACCGAGGGCAACCAUUGGACAUGGGGACAAGAAGGAGUUCAUCCCCAAGAAGCUGCCUUCAGUGCAUCUUGGGGUGGAGGAGAUUGGAGAAGUAAGCACUGAGAUUGGCAAUCUUAUAAAAUGGAGGAAGCAUUUUGGUGACAUUGUGCUCAUAGUGCAUUGCACUGAACCGGUGGACCGAACUGCACUAGAGUGGAGGCUGCUUUAUGGUCGGAUAUUUCGGGCAGUUGUUAUUCUUUCAGAGCAAAGCAAUUCUGAUCUUGCUGUAGAAUUCAGCAACUUGGCACAAGCCUACAAGUACCUGCCGAAGGUGUUUGAUCGGUUUGCAGGUGCUCAAGGUUUUCUGUUCCUUCAGGAUCAUGUGGUCCUCAAUUACUGGAACCUCUUGAAUGCUGAUAAGGCAAAGCUCUGGAUAACCAACCAGGUGAAGGAAUCAUGGUCAGAUGUGCCUCUACAAGGUAACAAAAUUGAGCGGUUUGUGAACCAAGGAGAUAUGGUUAAAAAGGCAGUCAGCAAUUUCCCACCUCAUUAUCAAACCAAUUACAGAAGAAGUGUAGGUGAACAUAAGAUAAUUCAUUGCAGCAGUGAGAUAUUUUACAUACCUCAACGGCAUAUCGGUGACUUCUCGUAUCUUGUUAAAGCUAUAGGAACCUUAGAUAUUCAUCACAGUUUUGCAGUCCCCAUGAUAUUCCUUGCAAUGGAUUCACCAAGCAAUUUCGAAUCCAAAGCUCUGACGAAAUUUGUCUAUAGGGCAGAUCUGCCAUCAAAUACCACUUUCGCAUCAAUUUAUUCUGCUGAAGCUCACGCAGUGUACCCAUUGAAGGUUCGGAAUGAGAUGGAAUUUGUAAUGCUAAUCAGAGUAAUGGCUUCAGGAGAUCCAUUCCUUAUGGAGUUAGUCUGAUUAAGGGUUCCACUUUUUUUUUGGAAAAGGAGAGCAAAACAAUUCAAGAUACCGUUUUGUUCCCUGUUGUCCUCCCUUUCAGCUGUAAGUUCAAUUUAACAUCUAUCUUACUAGUAAGGAUAAUCUAGUGUGACUUGAUCUCACUUUACAUGUACAAUCAGAGAAUAGAAACUUUCUUUCUUGUGUUGGAAUGGAAUGUUCACAAUUCAAGUA